AUGAGACUACCGUUCCUUCUAUUCGCACCCCUGGUGGCCGCAAUUACCGUCGAUGUGAGCUCCGUUUCCUCGAUCAAGUCGGCCGCCUCCACCAUCGCCUACGACAUGAUGACAACCUACACUGGGAACCAAACCGGCGGGAUUCCAGGUCUGCUUCCGGGCUCCUUGAGCUGCAACCCCAACAAUCCCGAAGUCUACUGUUGGUGGGAAGCCGGUGCCAUGUGGGGAGCCUUGAUCAACUACUGGCAAUAUACCAACGACACAACCUACAAUCCUGUCGUUACUCAGGCGCUGCAAUUCCAGCGAGGUCCAGACGACAACUUCAACCCUCCCAACCAGUCGCGAAGUAUGGGUGUGGAUGACCAGGCUUUCUGGUCGUUUUCGGCACUGGACGCGGUCGAGGCCAAUUUCCCCGAAUCGUCCAACAAAGACGACCCGUCUUGGCUGUCCUUGGCGCAGGGAGUGUUCAACUUUCAGAAAGAGCUGUGGGAUACUGCCACGUGCGGAGGUGGAUUCAGGUGGCAGGUAUACUCUUUCAACGCCGGUUACAACUUGAAGAACACCGUUUCCAACGGCGGCAACUUCCAGCUGGCCGCACGGCUGGCCUACAUCACCGGAAACCAGACCUACGCAGACUGGGCGACACAAGUAUGGGAUUGGAUGGAAGGCAGUCCGUUGCUGCAGAACGACACUGACAGUGGCAUCAUGUACAUCUGGGAUAACACCGACUCCAACAACAACUGCACCACCGUCGCGAAUUUCGUAUGGACCUACAACUAUGGAAUCAUGCUCUCGGGUGCCGCGUACAUGUACAACUACACCAAUGGGAGCGAGCUAUGGCUGGAUCGGGUCAACUCGAUCCUCGACAGCUCGUACAAGUUGUUUUUCCCUUCCAAAUAUGGAGGCAACAUCAUGUAUGAGCUGCAGUGUGAAGAGGCCAAGAAUUGUAACCAAGAUCAAAAGAGUUUCAAGGCGUAUUUGGCAAGGUGGAUGGCCGUCACCAGUCUCAUCGUGCCCAGCACCGCCGACAGCAUCAAGCCCAAAUUGGCCGCUAGUGCCUCUGGCGCCGCCGGCCAAUGCAGUGGUGGAGAUUCAGGCCGCAAAUGUGGUAUGCAGUGGUACACGACUACCUGGGAUGGCACGAAUGGCGUGGGUCAGGAAAUGUCGGCGCUCUCCGUCAUCGGCGCAAAUCUCAUCGACGCCAGUAUGUCGCCUCUCUCGCUCAGAACGGGCGCCAAGUCCGAGAGUGAUCCGGAUGCUGGCUCGGAUGCCUCGACGGAUCCGACUGCCAACUACAAGAAGAUCACUACAAAGGACAAGGCAGGUGCCGGCAUCUUGACGAUUCUGGUCGUCUUCUUCGUCAUUGGAGGUGCUGUAUGGAUCGUGCUAUGA